CCGAACGUACGCAAGCAAGCGACGCCAUAUUCAUUUGUCAACGGACCUUACAACGCAUCGGGUUAAUCGAUAAAUUUUACGUUACACGAUAGAUUAAAAAACCCAUACCAAGUGAUUAUUACUAAUCGAAUCGUACCGUUUAAUGGAAUAGAGUAAUGAAGUCGUCGGCAGAAUUGGAAAAGAGAAAACGGGAGGAAUAUGAGAUGCAAUUGUUCGGCUUUCACUCGAGAAUAGUUUAUGAUACUUUACUAUCCCUGAUACAAGAAGAGAUUCAAUUAAAAUGUCAACAACUCACAGAAACAAUCAAACAAAAAUAUAAUCCCGAUGAGGAGAGCCUGAGGAUACUACUGAAGGAUGAGAAAAAAUUGACAAAGUGUUAUUAUCGUGCAACUAGAACUCAGUUGCCAGCGCUCGAGAAUUGCGUGAGUAAGAUUAUUUCUGUCCCUUCUCAUGUGCUGCUAGAUGAGGAUAAAGUACAGGCGGUUCAAUACAGUGACAGAGAGCUCAGAGAGAAGCAGGAGAAACUGGAAAAUUUACAGAAGAGAUUAAAAAAGGCUGUUGCGUUUAAUGCAGUACUCAAAGACGAACUGACACUGGCCAAUGACUUUGAAAAUAAAACCGAAAAUACUGAUAUGCUAUGCAAAAUGAUCGGAGAUGCCUCCCAGGGUCCAGACUACACUAAAACUCUUCUGAAAUUAUUUGGCACUUACCAGGAUUUAAAGAAACAGCUCCUGAGUGUGCGAGAAGCUCCCGAUAUUCAUGAGCAACGAAUUUCUCACGAUGUUCAGGACGAGUUUAGUAUUGAUGAUAUUCACAACAUUAAUUAUUGAAAAAAAUGAAAAAGAAAGACUAACCAAUCUUCCUAACAGUUUUAAAUUUGUAUAUAACUCACGAACUAAUGAAGCAUCAGUAUUUUAAUACUCUACUAACACAAAAAGAAUUAAUGUGAAAUUUUUUCAAAUAUAUUUUGAAUAAAACUA